AUGUCGUAUCCAGAUAAUAACCAAGACAACUUUUAUGAAAAUUUGAUGAAUCCACAAAUUGAUACUGUUAAUGUCACUACCUCUAACAUUUCUACUCUAUCAUCAUCGUCACCAUCUAUUAUUAGUAAUCCUAGUAAUAUUACAAUUUCUGGAAAUAAUUAUCCAUCAAUUGUUCCAAUAAACUUUGAUACGUCAAUAUUUACUAUUAGCGAAGAUAAUAAUAAUAUAUCUAAUACACCAUUAUCCAUGAAUCCAUUAUCUAAUUUAGGUGGGUUUAUUGGUGGUGGAUUAGUUUCUAUGAACUCUGAAAGUGAUUCGGGUACUACAAUUCCUCCACCUUCUUUGUCAGGUGUCACUAGCAAUUUCCCUGGUUUAUAUUCUAGCACAGGAUUCGAUCUGCUUGGUGUUUUGUAUAUAGGUGUCACUAGCAAUUUCCCUGGUUUAUAUUCUAGCACAGGAUUCGAUCUGCUUGGUGUUUUGGCUCGUGUCGUCUCAAGAAAGGAUCCACGAAUAAAUAUUGGGCCUGUUGAUAUGAGCUGUUCAUUUUUAGUAGUGGACGCUCGCAAAUUUGAUUUUCCAAUCGUUUAUGCAAGUUUUACAUUCGAAAAAUUAACUGGUUACUCAAAUGCGGAAAUCGUUGGAAGAAAUUGCCGGUUCUUACAAUCUCCCGAUGGUCGUGUUCAACUUGGAUCUAGACGUCGUUACACCGAUAAUAGUGCUGUAUAUCAUAUUAAAAGCCAUAUGGUAGUCGGUCAAGAAUGUCAAGCCUCGAUAAUUAAUUAUAGAAAAGGAGGACAACCAUUCAUCAAUUUGGUGACAGUGAUUCCCAUUGGUUGGGAAUCUGAUGAGAUCGCUUAUUUUGUUGGCUUUCAAGUGGUAUGUGAAAUUUGA